AUGUCUCAGAGUAUGCGCAAGGACCACAACGCACUUCAAAUUCCAUGCGGCUACUUACACUGUGCUCGCUACUUCAAGACUCAAGGAGGGCGCAAAAAGCACUGGAACGUUUCCCACCCAACGUUUAGACAAGCCACUGUCUCGCAUACUGUCACAGUCGAAGACGAGCCCAAACUACCAGCCAACGACCCUCCCGCAGGCGACAACGACUACCCUGCGGACAAUAAUGACCUUCCAGCAGCGUGUCCAUGUGAUGCAACGGGACACUUCCUUGAAGAUGGUGCACCUCCAGCGCCACCUCCAGACAAGUCGCCCGACGACUGGACUCCGUACCGGGAUCGUGUCGAGUUUGAGACUGCGGAGUUUCUGUAUGCGCGCAACCAAAUGUCCGCCGGGGAUAUCAACAUUUUAUUGGAUCUUUGGGCCGCAACCCUCCUGAAAUACGACGACAAGCCGCCGUUCGCAGACUGCCGCGACUUGCAUAGAACGAUCGACAAUACACCAUUAGGCGAUGUCAAAUGGCAAUCGUUCAAGGUACGGUACACUGGGGAGAAGCCAACAAGCGAUGUACCACCCUGGAUGGACCAGUCUCAUGAUGUGUGGUACCGUGACCCCCAUGAGGUGAUUCGGAAUAUGUUGGGAAAUCCCGACUACGAAAAAGAGAUGGAUUACCGCCCUUUCCGUGAGUACUCAGCUGACGGCGACAAACGACAAUGGCAGGACUUCAUGUCCGGUGAUUGGGCUUGGAAUCAAGCCGACAUAAUUUGUGAAGAUCCGGAUACGCUCGGCUCAACAUUCGUACCGGUUAUACUCGGAUCUGAUAAGACCACUGUUUCGGUGGCGACUGGCGCGAACGAUUACUAUCCCUUAUACGUAUCGAUUGGCAAUGUGCGCAACAACGUCCGGCGUGCACAUCGUGACGCCGUUGCCAUUGUUGGUUUCCUUGCUAUGCUGAAAACUACGAAGGAGCACGCUGCCGAUGCAAUAUAUCGGAAAUAUCGCCGACAAUUGUUUCAUUCAUCCAUCGCCAAGAUUCUCGAGAACCUGAGACUGAGCAUGACCAAACCAGAGGUUGUUCGCUUUGGUGAUGGCCACUAUCGGCGUGUGAUUUACGGGCUUGGUCCGUAUAUCGCAGAUUACGAAGAGCAGGUUCUUCUAGCAUGUAUAGUGCGCGGCUGGUGCCCCAGGUGUAUGUCCAACCGCAAGAAUUUAGAUGAGAAGUCGUUGUGUCGGUGUCGUGACCAUACGGAGGCGCUGAUCGAAGAGGUUGCAACGUCCCUCGCGCUGUGGGACGAGUACGGGAUUGUCAGCGACCUUGUUCCGUUUACAAACGACUUCCCUCGCGCUGAUAUACAUGAGUUGAUUGCACCGGAUCUCCUGCAUCAACUCAUAAAAGGAACCUUCAAGGAUCACUUGGUCGAGUGGGUUGGAAAGUAUUUGGUACACGUACAUGGUAAGAAAGAGACAGAGAAAAUUCAAGAUGAUAUAGACCGAAGUUUCCUCCUCUUCGCAGGCCUUCGACGCUUUCCAGAAGGUCGAGGAUUCAAACAAUGGACAGGUGAUGAUUCGAAAGCGCUUAUGAAGGUAAGUUUAUUUACCGCCAUCGAAGGCCACGUCCCAACUGAUGUGGUGCGCACGUUUCGUGCAUUCCUUGAAUUCUGCUAUCUCUCCACCGGCGUCGUUUCCACGUUCUCCCUCCCUCGACAACACUCGUGCUCCCAUUACAUCCUCCUUAUCCGACUUUAUGGUGCGCCGAAUGGCCUUUGCUCGUCAAUCACGGAGACAAAGCACAUCAAGGCAGUGAAGGAACCGUGGAGACGAUCGAGUCGCUACAAAGCACUCGGUCAAAUGCUCGCGCGUGGAUUUCAGAGCCGUGGAAUGAUCCUUUUGCCACCACGAGUCCAACCAAGACAACGACCAUCUUUUGAGGGUGAAAUCGACGACAGCCCAACGCUGCUCACAUUUUCAAUUGAAUACUUUUCUAAUAUAAUCCUUCCCAUUGCGCAGAACGCAAAUAACUUGGUAUCCCCCCAUCUCUACACCCUCCUCCGCCGAUUCUUAUUCGAGCAAGCAAACCCAGACGACCAGCGUGCUCCCUCUGACAUCCCGCUUGCAAGAUGUCCUCAAUUCGAUGGAAAAAUUCAAGUGUUCAACUCUGCGUCGUCAAUGUUUUAUGCACCAGUGACCGCAGCGGGAUUGGCGGCAUGCGGCGGGAACACAUCCGUGCCUGUCCCGUUUGGAGAAACGAAGCACCCCGGUAUGACUGGCGUGUUCGUUAACACGGAUGCAGGUAUUUCGUACCCAUGCGCUGUAGUACGCUGGUUCGACAAAGCCAGCGAACCGGGCCCGACGAAGACACAGGGAUGUGGAUCGUCCAGCCCUUCAUUUGAUACAGAUAAUUCACCGUUCGUUGGAAUCAUCCACUUCAUCCCACGCGACCUCAAGCACUAUGAUUCGUAUGACGCUUUUCAAGCAUUCUACGUGAACAAAUUCGCAGACCAUCACGCAUUUGAGAUUGCGUCUUAG